GUGGACGCGUGCCCGACGAAGGGGGUUCCGUUGCCGACAUCGCCCACCUAUAAAAGGCGCGAUGCAUUUUUGGACGGUAUCAGUUUACACGUAGCAAACGUCGAAGAAAAAUGCUUGCCGCCACAAAAGUGAUUCUAGCUCUGGCCUUGUUCGCCGGCGCCCAGGCGGGUUAUCUGUUGGGCGGAUCGGGGCACGAUGGAGGUUACGGUGGCGGCCUCGAGGGUUACGGCGGCGGACACUCCGACGGGGGUGGACACGAGGAUUACCACGAACCGGCUAAAUACAGCUUCAAUUAUGCGGUCCAUGACCCGCACACCGGUGACGAGAAACAACAUCACGAAACUCGAGAGGGUGAUCAGGUCAAGGGGUCGUACACCCUCAAGGAAGCGGACGGUACGACCAGGAUCGUCGAGUACAAGGCUGACAAGCACAACGGAUUCGAGGCAGUGGUUCAUAAGAUUGGUGAACCAAAAUAUCCAGAAUCUGGACACGGACACGGUGAUGGAUAUGGAGGCAGUUACGGUGGUCACUACUAAAUUAAACUGAUAAAAGUUUUACGUUUUAAUAGGACUCUUUGAAACGAUUAUAAAAAAUUAAACAAAACAAAAAUUUAAAGUGUCCUAUUAAAACUUUUAAAUCAUUAAAAUUUUAUUCAAAUUAAUGUGAUAUGUUUGUUAAUUUCUUAUAUUUUUUUACGAUGAGACAAAA